AUGUCGAUGUCAACACUGGAGCCUCAAUUAUACGUGCCUCUGUACGACGCCUAUAUCCCCGUGUCCGUGUUUGACAAGUGGGCUCUCGGGCUGAUUCGCCGGGCGGUGACGGCGCUGGUGCUGGUGGGGCUGUGCACGGUGUUGCUCUUUGUGUUGCUUCUCUUACGACGUAAGGACCACUUCAUCCACUGGGCCCACAUCGUAAUUAUCCUCACGCAAAUCAUCCGGCUGGCGCUUGAUUUGUCGGUGGUGGUUGGGCCGUUGCUGACGAUUGCCUUCGGGGUGAUGGGGGUGGUUGACUUUGACGUGAUGAAGGCGUACCUGGUACUGGCGGCGGCGCUGUGUCUCACGAUGUUGCUCAUGCUACUCAUUGAAUUGUGCUUAGUGUACCAGGCGUGGACUAUAUUUAGACCCUACGCCCGCCAGUGGUGGUGUUGGGUGGUGGUGGCGAUUACGAGUGCAUUAGGCUUGGUGACGUUUGCCUUUGAGCUCACCGCCAUCGUCAUGGGGAUCAACGCUCAGGUGAGACAACACUUUGCUGAGAUCUAUGACCCGAUGCAUAAGCUCAGUUCGCAAGUACCUGGGUGGGUCACGGGGCUUCCUUACAUUUUGUUCACGGUGCUGAUUUGUUGGGGGCUGUUCCUUCUUGUUUGCAAGCUUGCCUAUGCCCUUAGGUUGCGUCAGAAGCUUGGGUUAUCUAAGUUUGACCACCUCCAUGUGCUCAUGAUCAUGGGGACGCAGACGAUGAUAGUCCCCGCCAUCACCAUGAUAGUGAACCAUGCAUUAUUUAAGACCGUCGAUAAGGUGCUUUUGCAAGUGCUGAUCCUCCUUGUGGUGUUAUCUUUACCGUUGGCGCUGAUGUGGGCUCAAAUGCAGAACGAACACCGGGUGCUGCUGGCAGCGAUGCUCUACGUCCACGACGACGACCAGCUGACCCUCGAGCCGGUGACGGUGCUGGACUUGGCCUACGUGUGUGAGACCAAGAAGAUUUAG